UAGUACACACUAUCUUCUUGUUGGUGGUGAACUCUGUUUCACAUUGUUUUUUUUUUAUAUUCAAUGUACAUGCGAAAUAAGCAGCAAUCACAAGCAAAAUUCAGAGUGUAAUGCAAAAAGUGCAAUUGUUCGCGCCAGCUCGUAAACAACAACAUAAUAAUAAUAAUAAUAAUAAUAAAUGAGCCAGCCAUACGCGCAUAGUGUUGUUGAGUGCCUUCGACCAAAACUAACGAGAGUUGUUCGCUGCUGGGCUGCAUAAAAAAAGAAUUGCGAGCGCUGCUGCCGUGUGUGUUAGUGUGUGUGUGUGUUGUUGUUGUUCUUCUGCUCCUUGUUGUUGUUUGUGUGCGUGCGUGCGGGAGUCUUGCGUCUCUGUCGCACACGUUCGUCUCUUGUUUUUAUUUAUUUACUUUAUUGUAUUCGCUGUGCAAGUGGAAAGUUAAAAAAAGCGUGUUGUACGCAUACAAGUGCAUCUUUUCAAGCACACACACGCUGUGUUUGAGUGCGUGUGUGUGUGUGUGUGGCGGCAACUGCAGCCAUAAAUACAUAACUAAGGAAAAUCGACAUUUUAAAACAAAAACAACAAACAACAAGCAAGAAGAAGACGCCGAAGAAGUGGAAGCGGAAUAGCAAAAUAGCAGACUGCAAUGUCCAGCACAAUUGAAUUUGAGACAAUUGGCAGCCGCCUGCAAUCGCUUGAGGUUGCGCUGCAGAAACAAAAUGAAUCGCACGAACAAAUCGUCUUAUCGAAUACGCGCAGCGCACCGCACGCGCCGCGUGUUCGUCCCACAACAAUAACAGCAGCACCACCAUCAUCAUUAGCAACAACAUCAUCAUCAUCAUCAUCGUCAACAGCAGCCGCAGCAGCAGCAGCAUCAUUAGCAGCAGCAGCAGCGUCAAAUGCAACAACAUCAACAACAACAAUUGGCGCUGCCAACGUCAACGUCAACGUCGUCGCCUCACCAAAAAGACCUGCCGCUAUCGGUGUGCUGCCGGCGCCAACGUUAACGUCAGGCAUGUUCGGCGGUGGCCGCGGUAUGCGCCAAACGCCAAAUCUGGCUAUAUCUGAUUCGGGUUCCACACGUCGCCCCAUGAUGUUGCCACUGCCAACCCAAGCUCAUCCCUCGGAAACAGAAACGGACAAGAAACUGAAGAUGAUAAUGGGCCAAACGGGUAAACUGAACAUCAAUGGCCGGCAAUAUCCGACAGAUAUCCACGAUCUGCGGCACUUGGGUGAUCUGGGCAAUGGAACCAGUGGCAAUGUUGUCAAAAUGCUGCACAUGUCCAGCGAUACAAUUAUUGCCGUGAAACAGAUGCGACGCACCGGAAAUGCGGAGGAGAAUAAACGCAUUCUCAUGGAUCUGGAUGUCGUUCUCAAGUCGCACGAUUGCAAAUAUAUAGUCAAGUGUUUGGGCUGCUUUGUUCGCGAUCCCGAUGUCUGGAUCUGCAUGGAACUCAUGUCCAUGUGCUUCGACAAGCUGCUCAAGCUCUCCAAGAAGCCGGUGCCGGAGCCUAUUCUGGGCAAAGUCACUGUGGCGACUGUGAAUGCAUUGUCCUAUUUGAAGGACAAACACGGCGUCAUCCACAGGGAUGUGAAGCCCUCCAACAUUCUGAUCGAUGAGCGCGGCAACAUCAAGCUAUGCGAUUUUGGCAUUAGCGGCAGAUUGGUCGACUCCAAGGCGAACACACGUUCCGCUGGCUGUGCGGCCUACAUGGCGCCGGAGCGCAUUGAUCCGAAGAAACCAAAGUAUGAUAUACGCGCCGAUGUGUGGUCGCUGGGGAUUACGCUUGUGGAGUUGGCAACAGCGCGUUCACCCUACGAGGGCUGCAACACGGACUUUGAGGUGCUCACCAAGGUGCUCGACUCGGAGCCGCCGUGUUUGCCACGCGGCGAGGGUUUCAACUUCAGUCAACAGUUUCAUGACUUUGUCAUCAAGUGCCUCACAAAGAACCAUCAGGAUCGACCCAAGUAUCCGGAGCUGUUGGCGCAGCCGUUUAUCAAUUACUACGAGCACGAGAAGGUCGAUGUGCCCAAUUGGUUUCAGAAUGUCGUCGAUAGUGCCACCGGGAAGCGGAUACGCGCCAAUGGCGAUUCAACGCUGACGAGAGCAACCACAUCAGCAGCAACAACAGCAACAGCAACAGGCAUGCAACGUGGAGCAAAGGAGGCAGCCACAAAGUAUGGCAGAAAUGUGGCUGCUCUAACAGCGCGCAGUCCAACGACGACGUCAAAGACAAUAAAACCCACGCAGAUUCCCAGCUAUCAGCAGCAACAUCAGCAAGGUGGAUCGCAGUAUUUCAUGCAAUCAGCCACACAACUACCUCAACCAACAACAACAACAACAGCAGCAGCAGCAACAUCAGCAACCGGCAGCAGCAAUUUGAAUUUGAAUUAUUUUAGCAGCGGUGGCAGCAACAGCAACAGCAGCGCAAGUCCGAGUCCUUUGUCGCCGCCGAGUGGCAUCAAUGACAUUAAUAAACUUUAUCGCAAGUCGCCGUUCAUGCAACGCAAGCUCAGCAAUGGCUCCCACUACAAGUACAACGAUGACAGCCCCAAAAAGGAAUCGGUCUUCAGCAGCAUUGGCCAAUCAAUCUUACGCAAUCUGACCACGUCGCCAUUUAGCCAAAAGAAACACAAUCCAAAUGUGACGGCAACAACACCAAUUCUACCAACAGCCACAGCAGCCAUAACAGCAACCGCUGCUGCUGGCAGAACAGCAACAUCAACAGCAACAGCAACUGCAACUGCAACACUGCCGCAUUUGAAACCCAAAACACCCACAACAGAUGCACUUAAUACGCCCACGUGGCGUCUGCCUCCUCCUUCAACCACAACAACAACAACAACAACGUCACCAGAUAACAACAUUUCGCCCUUUGACACCUGUGAUAACAUUUGCAAUGCCAGCUCGCCCACGCUGCAACGCAAGCAACUGAUUGCUGCUGAUCCAACGGCAGCGAAUGCCACAAUGUUGCAGCUCAACAAUCAACAACAGCAGCAGCAACAGCAACGAUUGCAACCAGGCAACCAGAGUCCCAUUGUGCUGCAACGAUUUUACCAUCAGCAAAAUCAGUUGCGUGAAAAGGAAGCGGCGGAGCGGCAACAGCAUCAGCAGCAAUUGCAGCAGCAGCAGCAACAGUUGCAUCACUAUCAACAGCAUCACUUUCAAUACCAUCAGCCACUGCCACAACAACAGUCACAACACCAGCAGCAUCAGCAGCAGCAACAGUUGCCGCGACAACCAAUUGGGACAAGCACGAAUCCGUUUCACAGCAAUUAUGUGGCGCCUCCUUCCUCGCACUCCACAUCUAGUCAAUCGUCCACACAGUCGACAUGCUCACAAAUUGCCAUCCCAGCGACAGUCGGGGUGCCAACAUCGCCAUUGUCAUUGCAUCCGCAUCAGCAACAACAACAUCAGACAACAGCAGCAGCAGCAGGACACUUUGGCAUUGGCAACGCGGCGCAAUUGCAAUACCAACCAUUGCCGACAGCAGCAGCAGCAACAGCAACGGAAGCAAACACACUUUAUGGUAAUCUGCCAUGCAGAUCGCCAGAGCAGCCAGAUGGAGGCGGUGGCAGUGGGAGUGGGAGUGGCAGUUCUUUAGUGAGCAGCAAAUUGAGUAAAUUGUAUGCUCGUCGUCAGCUGUUGGGUCAGAGCAAUAAUUUGGAUGGACGCGAGCAACGCGAACGCGAACAACAUGUUUAUGCCUCGAGUCCUGGCUCUAGUUCGAACACAGCGGAUGCGGGCUGGUUCAAUACACUCGCUGGCGCCAUGAAGCGACAAUUUGCGACCUAUGUUAAAACCCAAUUGAAUUCCACAGCGACGUCGCCAUUGGCUCCCAGUCACAGUCACAGCAACAGUCACAGCAACAACCACAGCAACAGUCACAGCAACAACAGCGGGAGCAGCAGCAUUACCAGCAAUGGCAACGAUCCGAUUGGCAGUCUGGAUCCCACACAAUCUCAAUCUCAAAGUCAACCUCAACCGCCAGCGUAUCGCAGCCUGCUCAAUAAUGGGACAACAACCGGCGGCAAGUCGUAUUAUUAUCGCACAUUGUCGGCGGCGAGCAGCAGCAGCAGCCACAACACCAGCCAAAGCACUUCACCAACCACAGAGCCAUUGACUGGCGUCAGCGGCUGUGGCGCAACUAGCGGCUUUUUGCGACGCUAUGCGAGCAGCGGUGCAGGUGUCGGAUGCGGUGGCGGUGGCGGACACGGUGGCAUAAGCGGAGGCGGCGGCGGAGGCGGCGGCGGAGGAAGCAUGAGCACACCACCGAGUCCACAUCUGUUGGCUGGACUGGAUCGACGACAUCGCAGUCCCGAUCCGCCGCCGCGUUACAAUCGCGGUCAAUCGCCGCUGCUGCUGCGCAAGAAUCUGCUGGAAAUGAGCGGACAGACGGCCGGCUCGCCAUUGCUGCAAAGACGCUAUGUAUCGGCUUCGCCGCCGCUGCCGCCGCCACGUCGCGGUUCGGAGAGUGUGCCAGGAUCGCCGCAACACUUUCGCACCCGCAUUCAUUAUACGCCCGAGCCACAGCGUCGUAUCUAUCGGACCAUAGACCAAUGAGUAGCGCUGCAAAUUAUGGUCAUGUGAUGUUGGUAUGGCUUCGACGAUGUUGCUGCCCACGACAACGACAACGACGAUGAGGCGGAGGCGGAUGUUGCAACAGCAACAGCAAGCGGAAUCGGAAUCGGAACUCGUGUGGCAUCAACAAGCUCGCCAAGCUCAACAGCUGCAACGUCAGCGGGAAGGGAAACGGCUGCAAAUCACAGACACUCGAUGGACUUGUGAUGCUUGGCUUGGGCAUAAAAUAACAAUCACAGCAACAACAACAACAACAACAACAGCAAACGAAAGUGUUCAAAAGUCUUAUAACGUAUAAGUUUAGGCAGUAGCUAAAGCGUUGCGUCUGCUAAAUGUUAAUCGCUUAGUUCACAAUGUGUUUUUUGUUUUAAUUUAUACAACACAAUCUUUAUUAUUAUUAUUUUUUUUUUUGUUAAUAUUAAUUACAGUGUGUGAAAGUGCGCGAGUGUGUAUGUGAGUGUGUGUGUGUGUGUGUAAAUUUUGUAUAUAUAGCAAUCUUUGUUAGAGGCAUAACAUAAUUAUGCAAACACCUAGACAACAAUCAAGUUAAACAAACAAACAAACAAAAAAAAACGUUGAGCAACUAAAAAUAACUGUAACUGCAAUAGAGAGAAAAAGAAGAGAUAUAGCCAAAAUCAUAAAUCGUAAAUCGUAACAAUUAAUGUUUAACAGAAAUAGACGAAGAACAUUGUGCCCUAAACAUAAACAUAAACAUAGACAUAUAUACUACAGCAUCUUUUUAUACGAUGGACUAUGAAUAUAUACAUAUAUAGUAAGAAUUGCAACCAAUAAUUGUGCAAUAGUGUUGAAAGCAAUGACAUCGUUUCCCCCUUUUCACCGUUUCGAUUUCCUAUAUAUACUUUGCUAUAAUCAAAAACAUUAAUACUUACAAUAUACUUAUAAAUAUAUAUAAACAAUAUAUACAAUUAUAUAUAAUCUAUAUAGAACCUAUAUACAUACAUAUAUAGUACUUGUAUCGCAAAAGCAAUAUCUGAGCGCCUUUUUUCAAUUCAAUCAAUUUUGCUGUCCGUCUGUGUCUUGCAUCAGCAUUAGCAUCAGCAUCAUUUUGAUCCCAAACAUAUAGCUGCCAUAGCCUAGCCAAAAUAGUGUGUGUGUUUAAUUAACUGAAUAAUCGGAAACCCCCGCAACACAUCAACUAACCAAUAAUUGAGCGAGAUUUCGAGAUUAGAGCACACACCAGAAAGUUUUGUCUGUAUUUUUGAUACAGCUUUGUGAUAGAUAUCGGUUUACUACAAACAAACAUACAUACAUACAUAUAGACAUAGCUGCCAUAUAGGAAAAAGAUGUGCAAGAUGUGAGUAAUCAGCAUUCAAAUUCGGCCAGCCGAAUAAUACAACUGUUUUCUCGGCUUUAACAUUUACUAUAUAGUUACUCUAUGUAAAAUAUUCUUUUGUUUUUUUUUUCUGUUCUGUUCUUUCAUUCUUUUUCUUCUGUUGUAAAAUAGCAAGUUCCUUACCAUAUGUAAUGCCUAUAUAAGACAACAAUGUUUCGUAUGUGUGUGAGUGAGUGUGUGUGUGUGUGCAGCUAGCGACCUCAAUGUUUUGUUCCUGUGCGUAAUUUAAUUAACCUCCAAAUUGAUCAUCUAUCAUCGAUCUCUCUCCAAACAUAAUCAACAUUAUUCUUUCGGAUCCAAGAUUCUAUAAUUUAUUUUCAAAGUGAACUGUUUCCUCCGCGAUUUGAAUCUCAGAUCCAAUGUUUCAACUUUAUGCAUCAACUCUGAACUGAUAAAUUUCAAAUUUUUUAAUCCAAAGCUCCCUUCUUUCUGUUCGACUUUAAUUCACUUUAAAUUUUAUGAUUAUAACGAGAGAAUCGAGAGAUCGAGUUAAAGACAAAAAAACAACAGCUUAAAGCAAAACUUAUUUAAUGAAAGAAAUCAGCUAUUAUUAUUAUUCUUUUUUUUUUCUAUUUUUUUGCGCAAUUGUAGGUUAUGUCAACGUACCUAACCUCAAAGUGUAUAUAGAAAUGUAUCAAAAAAAAAAAAGGGACAACAAUUGUAAAUGUAGAAUGUGUAGGGGCUAAGGGCGUUUGUAUUUGCCAAUUUCAUUAUGUAUUCAUUUUUUUUUAAUUUGUGUUUUGUUUAACAAAAAAACAAAAAAAAAAAAAAUCAAAAAAAAAGAUAUAAGAAAAAAGGACCAUUUAUUUGUAUGUUAAUUUAUUGAAAACACAAGAAAAAAAAGAAAACAAAUUGUAAUGAAUGAAAAUGAAUUUUCGACUGAUUUAUGUGUUAAAGUUUAAGCUUGAAGUGUGUGAAAGAGUGCGAAGUAUAUAGCAUAUAGCGCGAUGUAUGGCAAGUGCAUCAGAUUGUGCAGCUACAUAUAUAUAUAUAACAUAUGUAUAUAUGCGCAUCAGUCUAUAUACUGUACGAUUAAAUCUUUUUAGUUACGUAAUCGCAUACAUAUGUGCAUAUGUGUGUCAUAUAAAUACAUACGUAUAAUACCUCUAUAGGUAUAUUAAAAAAAAAAGUAAACAAAACAAAAAAAGAAAACCAAUUGCAAAUAUAUAUAAA